GCGUUCAUUCCACCGCACUCGAGGGCGGCGCGUUCACGACACUCGAGGGCGCGCCCGUAAACGUUGCUCAGGCUUCAAGAUGGCGGAAGCCCUGACAACCCAAGAAGAGGUGGCGGUGGAGGAGUUCCUGGCUGAGUUAAGAUGUCGGGAACAGUCACAGAACGCCACCCUCGUCAGUCAGAUCACCGCCGUCAAGUUUCUCAUGGCACGGAAGUUUGACGUCUCACGAGCCAUAGAUCUCUUCCAGGCUUACAAGAAUACUAGAAUAAAGGAAGGGAUCUACAAUAUUAACCCAAACGAAGAACCUUUGAGGACUGAGUUACUGAGUGGCAAAUUUACAGUCCUGCCAGGGCGUGACGCUAAGGGUGCAGCCUUGGCACUCUUCACUGCCCGUCUCCACCGCCCUGACGUCACUACCCAUAAGGCUGUUCUUCAAGCCAUCAUCUAUCAACUGGACAAAGCCAUAGAGAGCAUUCAGACACAAAGAGAUGGUCUUAUAUUCAUCUACGACAUGACCAACUCCACCUACAGCAACUUCGACUACGAGCUCUGUGUCAAAAUUUUAAACCUGCUCAAAGGAGCGUUUCCUGCCAGGUUAAAGUGCGUGUUCAUCGUGUCGUCGCCACUCUGGUUUCGAGCGCCGUUUGCUGUGCUGCGUCUUUUCGUGCGAGAGAAACUCAGAGAGAGAGUGUGUACAGUAAAAGCUCAUGAACUGGCCAAUCACAUCCCAGUCAGCUCGCUCCCGGAGCACCUGGGGGGCUCAUCACAGUACAGCCACAUGGCCUGGAUCCAGUCAUGUGUUAAUUCCACCCUGAACAACUCCACUGAUGGUAACACAGACUGUUUGGACGGCCUGCUGCACUCCUACUGCCAGGAUCAAAACCAGACGGCCAACGCCAACCCGGGUGCCACGUUGCUUGGGAACAACCUUGACGACGGCAACGCUAAUCCUCAGAACCACCGGCACACUCAUUGGAAUGGCCUAACACCACUGGGCUCAAAUGCCAACAUCGCCAACGGUCGUCAGGCUCCACCCCCUCAAUCAGAUACACCCCCAGACACGCCCCUACACCACAAACAUAACACGGAUUCAAUGUCAGCGUCAACGGGAGGCAUGAACGACUGCCGACGAGAUGGCAACGGCGCUGAGCAGGAAGCUGACUUUCUUGGUGAGGAAGCGGAAGCCCGAGACGGAGUUCCGCCCCUUCCUCAGAAGUCGUCGAGGCCAACACCCCUGUCACGUAGCCCAGCCCACGAGACAAGUUGGCCACUUGGAACGGCAUCGAUACAUACAGCUGAGCCCGGGGGGAUGACUGUGCAGGAGCUGGUACAGCACGUCAAAACCAAGAAGAAGAAAGGCAUCUACCAGGAGUACGAGGAGAUCCGGAAAGAGCUGCCUGCUGGAGCAUUUGAUUACUCAAAGAGACCAGCUAAUCAGGUCAAAAACCGCUACAGUGACGUGCUCUGCUUGGACGAGUCCCGUGUCCGACUUUGCCCACUCAAUGACGACGACGACGAGACUUCAGACUACAUUAACGCAAGCUUCAUGGACGGCUACAAGAUGAAGAAUGCGUACAUUGCCACUCAGGGGCCUUUGCCAAAAACAUAUGGUGACUUUUGGCGAAUGGUUUGGGAGCAAGUGGUGUUAAUCAUCGUCAUGACAACAAGAGUUGUGGAGCGAGGCCGAGUGAAGUGCGGACAGUACUGGCCCCUGGAAGCCGGCCGCACAGAGGAGUAUGGGUACUUCCUGGUGAGAAACGUCCACAUUGAGAUGUUUCAGGAUUUUAAACUGUCGCAUCUGGAGCUGUAUAACAGUCAGACCGGCGAGUGUAGAGAGGUGUCUCAUUAUCUCUACAUGAGCUGGCCGGAUUUUGGGGUUCCAAAAUCUGCAUCGGCCAUGUUGGAUUUCCGGGCCGAGGUGAAGCAAAGGCAAGAGCUGGCGCUGCGAACGAUAUUUCCCGAUUGGACGGGACCUCCCGGGGGUCCUCCCAUAGUCGUACACUGCAGUGCUGGAAUUGGAAGGACAGGUACAUUCUGCACGCUGGACAUUUGUCUCUCGCGUCUUGAGGACAUUGCCACGGUGGAUGUGAAGCAGACGGUGCGGCGCAUGCGCACCCAGCGCGCCUUCAGCAUUCAGACGUGGGACCAGUAUUACUUCUGCUACCGAGCCGUGAUCGAGUACGCACAGCAAACCGGACGCCUCGCACCCGUCGAGUGGUCCGACACAGAGCUGGAGACGGACAGCGAGUGACCGAGAGCGAGGGAGGGAGUAAGAAUCGAGGUGCCAAAAGAAUAAAAAGAGAUCUCAUGCUCUUUUUUUUUUCAUCCAGAAGGCACAUGUCUGCAGGUGAAGCACCACUUUCCUGCUCGGCUUUUUUGUCCCCUCGCUGGGAAGAAGGAAGAAAAAGCAGGAAGGAGUAAAAGAAAAGGAAGUGGAGGAGAGGAGAGGAUUUUCUUCUCGCAGCCUGCCACUUUGCAAUCCCCUUCAGCGAGUCGUGGCUUGGUGUACGAGUUGUAGCAGUUUAUAAAAUGACUUGCACACAGUUGAAUGAGAAACUCGAACUAAUACCCAGCUUGCCCCCUUCCCCCCCCCCCUCCUUUUUCUCAGUCCACAUGUGAGAAAUAUUCUGAUAUCAGUGUCGUGCAGCUCGGGGUUUGUGUCACACUUGUGAAAGUGUUCAAACUUGAAUUGUUUUGUUUUUUUUCUCUCUCUCCAUCAUAGCGAGGUUUGCGCGCAAACCGGUUGCCGCAAACCCAUCUCUAUAUUCUCUUUAUCGUCAUUCUUACGUUCAUCGUAAACUAACCUUCAAACCAAAGGUAACGCGUCGAGUGCUUGGAUGUAUCUGUAAUUCAUUGUGACUUAAAAACCUUGUAUAGUCUUGUAAGAUACAUUUAUAUAUUGUGCAUAAUAACCUUUUUUUGGGGGGGGCGGGGAGAAAGUCUUGUUUUAAUAUAAUACUCGAUGUUAUUCAGAAAUCUAUAUAUAAAUGAAUCUAUGUAUAAAUAUAUGUUGGGGUAGAACAAUAAGAUGAAGAGAGAUCACAGAAGAGGAAAAAAUAACAAUAUCACGCUACUUCCAGUCCUGCAUCCUAUUUUCACCCCUUUUCUUUUCUCUAGUCGAUGACUAUCAAUCGAUCGGCCUUAAAUCCAGGGCUCGUGACCAGGAAGUUUUUUUUUUUUUAAACAGGUUCUCUCGGGUUAACCCCGAAUCUCGGGUCGAUACGGAAGGGGCAGUAUGAGUGUAUUCCCCAGAAAGGUCUAAAAUGGAAGUUUCGUCAGUUCAGGAUGUGAAAUGUGUGGACAUCAGCCCAUACCCCCCCAAAAAAGAAAAGAAUUAGAACCCCUUUAAGUGAUAUUGUUUCGGAUGAGGGGGCGUGGCUUGUUUUCCGGGGGCCAAAAGCAGCUAGCCAGUCCUUUUUAAAAAUGACAGAUGACACGUUUCUCGCUUGUGAAUUUAUUAUUUCGUCCUUGCGAAAUAGUGGCCUUUAAACUUCGCAUCACUGCCUGUAUUAAAAAAAAGAAAAAAGAAAAAAAGUAAUAACGUAAUUCGACUCUUAUUUCCGCUCGUCUCCUCCUCCCUCAACCGCUGCCUCGUCUCAGUCCCGGAUCUCAGUGGAAGUUGACUGACACUUCUUUAACCACCUGCCCCGUGUCAGUGGUGCUGUGUGUGUGUGUGCGCGAGGUGCAGGCAGAUUGGGACGGAGCCAGCGGCGGUGCAGUGUGAAGUCCCGGGUGAAGCGAAUCCUCGGGGUUUAUUUGUGCCUUCAAGCUUUCAGUAGCGCAAAAGCGAAAUCCCGUUCCGAGAGCAGAAAGCUGCGUCUUGCGUCUGUACGAGGAUUAUUAUAUCGGAUCAUCUCAGGGGUAUAUUUGCUGUCGUCCUGGUGUCAAUAUAUUAUUUUUUUUUUUUCUCGCUUUGUUUUGGCAGUUCAUCAUUUUAAAAAUGAUGCAUAGCAAUUUCUUUGUAUCAUACCAUAGCCUGUAUUAUAGUCUGUUUUGUUUUUGUUUUUUUUGUAAUGUGUCUGUACAACUUCAGCAGUAUUUGAAGUUUGGAGUGUCGGUACGGCCGAGGACGGAAACGUAAAAAAGGUUUUUGAUUUGAUAAGCUAAAAAAAAAAAAGAAAGGAAAAUUCGACUGACUUUGAUUUCAUGCCACUUCUGGACCCACGUUACUUGCUGCUGUGCUUUUUGGGAGUUUCGUGUUUAAAGAAGAAUGUUCCAUCAACAGCAGUGUUGAUGUCUUUUACCCAGAAUGUCUGUUGCUUUACUGUUUUUUUUUUUUUUUUUUCCCUCCCAAUAAUCAGAGCGCAGGAAUUAAGGGUUGUACACAAAACCCUGCUCAUUUGUAUUGGUAUAUAGUUAUAAUAACGACCAUUUGUUAUAGUAUUCGUUAUGCUGGCUUCUUUACUCAGAAGAGGCUGUGUUCCAAUAACGCUUCCUUAACACCCCCUUGUCCACUUCACCCUAGUGGCAAUCCUUUCAUUCCGUCUUUCAUCCUUUUUUUUAAGAAAAAAAAAAAAAAAAUACAGCGUGUUUAUAUAUAACGCGUUUAGAAUGAUCCUGUCAUCACUUAUACUAUAGCAGCUAUAAACAUUCACAAGCCACUCAUUUGUAGUUUAUAGAUGACAGAUGUUAUAACUAAAGGCUUUCCCGUGUCGGAAAACUUACUGACUGUUACAAAGCCCCGACACUGGAGACUCCUUCCAGACAUUUAACCCAGUUACUAAAGUAACAAGAGCACCUUCAGUGCUACAGAACAUGAAUCAACACUUUCUGACCAAUCAGAAGCGAGGAUUGCAGCAGCACCGUGGUGUGAAACGUUCGUUUGUUACGAGAAGUCGACUAGGGCGUGUUAAAAGCUGUUUUGGAACACACAAAAAAAGAAAAAGAAAAAGUGAAA